ACUUGUUUAACCUGUACACUAGCCCUUCCACGUCCGUUUAAGGUUCACUCGGUGUCGGCACCGUACAUUAAUCGACAAAAACAUCGAAGCAGACAUAUCGCCAAUACACCAUGCCCGAUCCUGUAGCGCAUCCCCUGCUCGGCAGAGUCCUCGUUAUCGGUGGUUGUGGUUUUCUCGGCCAUCAUGUCGUGAACUUGCUCCUGCGCGACUGGACGAGCACCGUUUCCGUCGUUGAUCUCAAGUGCCAGCGUAACCGUAGACCCGACUCUGACGGCGUCGAGUACAUUGAGGCCGACAUUACCGAUACCGAUGGUUUACUAAAGGUCUUUGGGAAGCUGAAGCCCGACGUCGUCAUCCACACGGCUUCCCCGCCUGCCCAGGGCCUCGGCGCCGUCGCCAACGAUGUGUUUAAGAAGGUUAACGUGGACGGCACUCGCGCCGUAAUCUCGGCUUGCCAGAAGAGUGGCGUUAAAGCGCUGGUAUACACGAGCUCUGCCAGUGUCAUGAGCAACAACAGGGAUGAUUUGAUAAAUGCAAACGAAGACUAUCCAGUAAUCAGGGGUAAAAUGCAGACCGAAUACUAUUCUGAGACAAAGGCGCAUGCCGAGGAACUUGUCCUAGCAGCGAACCGCGUCGAUGGUUCUGAAUUCCUGACUGCAGCUAUCCGACCAUCUGGCAUCUUUGGAGAAGGCGACAUGCAAUUAGUUUACCACGCCGUCAACAUUUUCCGCGAGGGCAAGGAUAGAGUACAAGUCGGCCUAAACGAGAACUUAUUCGACUUCACAUACGUCGAGAAUGUAGCCCACGCCCACCUCCUAGCCGCUCGCGCUUUACUAGUAACUCACGCGUCGACUACCGAACCGCUCGAUUACGAGAAGGUGGAUGGAGAGGCAUUCAUAAUCACAAACGAUAGCCCGGUCUACUUCUGGGAUUUGAUGCGUGCCAUAUGGCGGGAAGCCGGAUCGCAGAAGGGGACAGAUCACGUGUGGGUUAUGAGCCGGGACGUAGGCAUCCUCCUAGGAUUCCUGAGCGAGGUCUUCUUCGGCAUAAUUAGGAAGACCCCGACCUUCAACCGCCAGCGAAUCGUAUUUAGCUCUAUGACGAGGUACUAUGAUAUCACGAAGGCGAAGCGUCGUCUCGGCUACCGCCCCCUGGUGAGCCUGAGCAACGGUGUAAAGAGGACUGUGAAGUGGACUUUGGAUCAACAGAAGAACCAGAAGGCGUAAAGGAGUUUCACAAUUUAGUUUGAAAUGUGUAUGAGUAAAAGACGCAAAGCUUCAUGAUACCUGUAACAUCAAAUCUCUACGUCAAAGGAAUUAAUGGCUGAAUUGCUGGGAUGUUGUGUCCACGGCAAAUAGUAUAGCUGGAAUAAUUAAAAUGGUUAAGGACACAAGUUUAUUCACUAUUAUUCCAGUAUCAAGGGUUGAUAUUUUGAAACGCAUGGUGUGUAGUUGC